GAAGCAGCAAAUGGCGGACAAGAUUCGAUGAUGAGGGUCAAAAUUCACCCAGAAAAAUCGCAUUUUUCUCAUUAGAAAUCCACUAUUUCUUCAACCAAUCCUCUAAUAUCUUGAAAUAAGGCUUUAAUCUAUUGUACAUAGCUUUCAAAAUGGUGUUAGCAGAAUUAGGAAGGAAGAUAACGACGGCUUUACGUUCGUUAAGUAACGCGACGGUCAUCAAUGAAGAGGUUCUUAAUUCUAUGCUCAAAGAAGUAUGCUUUGCUCUAAUAGAAGCUGAUGUCAACUUACAUCUCGUAAAACGACUAAGGGAAAAUGUCAAAUCUGCUAUUGAUUUUGAUGACAUGGCUGCUGGUCUAAACAAACGAAAAAUGAUCCAGCAUGCUGUCUUCCAAGAACUAUGCAAGCUGGUUGAUCCUGGAGUAAAGGCGUGGACUCCAAGCAAAGGGAAGAAGAAUGUCAUUAUGUUUGUUGGUUUACAAGGAUGUGGUAAGACCACAACAUGCUCAAAGUUGGCUUAUUAUUAUCAAAGAAAAGGCUGGAAAACCUGCUUGAUUUGUGCUGACACAUUCAGAGCGGGUGCUUUUGAUCAGCUGAAACAGAAUGCAACUAAAGCCAGGAUUCCUUUUUAUGGAAGCUAUACAGAGACAGAUCCAGUCGUUAUUGCUCAAGAAGGAGUAGAAAAAUUUAAACAAGAGAAUUUUGAAAUAAUUAUUGUGGACACAAGUGGACGACACAAACAGGAAGACUCUCUCUUUGAAGAGAUGUUGCAAGUUUCAAACACGAUUAGUCCUGACAAUAUCAUCUUUGUGAUGGAUGCCACCAACGGUCAAGCCUGUGAAUCACAAGCCAGAGCCUUCAAAGCUAAAGUCGAUGUUGCAUCUGUUAUUGUGACCAAGCUGGAUGGUCAUGCAAAGGGAGGAGGUGCUCUCAGUGCGGUUGCUGAGACCAAAAGUCCAAUUAUCUUCAUUGGUACUGGAGAGCAUAUAGAUGACUUUGAACCAUUCAAAACAAGACCAUUUAUUAGCAAAUUGUUGGGUAUGGGAGACAUAGAGGGACUUAUUGAUAAAGUGAAUGAAUUGAAACUAGAAGAUAAUGAAGAACUGAUAGACAAACUCAAGCAUGGUGUUUUUAGCUUACGGGACAUGUAUGAACAAUUCCAAAAUAUUAUGAAGAUGGGGCCAUUUGGACAGAUCAUGGGCAUGAUUCCUGGCUUCAGUAGUGAUUUUCUGUCGAAAGGCAACGAAAAGGAGUCAAUGGCCAGGUUAAAAAAGCUUAUGACCAUCAUGGACAGCAUGAGUGACUCAGAGCUGGAUAACCCCAAUGGCGCCAAACUAUUUUCCCGCCAACCUGGACGCGCCACGCGUGUUGCACGAGGAGCAGGUGUAUCAGUACGAGAGGUCCAGGAGCUGCUGUCUCAGUACCAGAAGUUCGCACAGAUGGUCAAGAAAAUGGGAGGAAUUAAAGGUUUAUUCAAAGGUGGAGAUAUGACGAGAAACGUCAACCCAUCGCAGAUGACGAAACUCAAUCACCAAAUGGCGAAAAUGAUGGAUCCUCGGGUACUACAGCAGAUGGGUGGAAUGUCUGGUCUACAGAACAUGAUGCGGCAGUUUCAAUCAGGAGCUCACGGAGGAGCACCAUUCAAAUAAAUAAACCCUCCCACACUAUAAUAAAACCAUCCAGUCCUACCAAGCCAAACACCAAGCUCUGACGUUACUUUUACUCAUUAUUUCCUGGUUGGCAUUUCACUUUACUUAAUAAGUUCUAAUGUAAUCGGAUUUACCACUCCGCGGUGGACGGAAAACUUAGCAGGUUUAGCAACCCACUUUAGAUGGCUACCGAUUGAUCGAAUUAGAAUUACACUUAGAAGUUGAUUUUUACGAAGGGAGGAAAACCAGUUGUCGAAAACAAGCUCUUGUUGGCAGACUGAACUCUCUGUUUUUGGUUGGUCGAUUUUUUGGGAGCUUAGCGCAUGGUUUUCCAUCCUUAUUCCCAGCGUUAACACUGGCAGUGAUAAAUUUGGAGAAAUCCCAUUUUGGCUGCUAUAUCAGAUCUUUUUCAUAUUCCACUUCCUAUUUUCCGCUCAGUAUCCUCUUAUAUUUUCGCACUACUGCCCACCACUCAAGUUAGUAAGUUAGUAAUCACUUCAUCUUAAGUCAUAAUAACAAGUCAUAAUAUACAUUUUAUUACUGAUUUUGGGCAGCGAUAAGCCAAUUUUCUGGAAUGUGGACAAAGCAUCUUCUUCUUCUUCACCAAUACCCCGUCUGUCUAUCUGUCUGUCCGUCUGUCUAUCUGUCUGUCUGUCUGUGGUGCAGCAUCAGAUGUACCCAUCCAGCCUACUGGACUUUAUCCAUCGUUAGUAUACUGUAAUACUGUUUCAAGCAGUGCAAGUGGAACACAGUUUAAGUUGUAUACGUACAGGAAAAGCCACUCUAGGGUUUCCCUUUUAUACGAAGCCACACUGAGCCUGAUAUAAUUUAGCUAAACACCUAAUUUUGAUAUCAUUAAAGGGCAAAGAGAACAUACUAUUUUCGCCUACUUUUUGUCGUCUAUAGUCUAACAUAAAACAUUUUCGCUAUGAUUAAAGUCAAUAUCAAACAGGUUAGUUUUCGUCAUGUAUCUAUGUUAAUGUAGGUGAAUAAAGUUAUAGCAAGUAAAAAAGAUAUCAAA